AUGUCUUCCAGCUCAGUCCCCUACCCCUUCCAGUUCGAUUCUCUCGCGGAGACAACAACCGGGUCCACAGGUGGAAAGACGGCAGACUUGACCCUAACAUUGAAAAAUGUCCGAGGAAAGAUCCCCUCCCUUGAAGCUUCCCGCCUGAGAACAAUGAUGCUGGAGGCCCACAAUGACCCAACCAAGAUCCUAGCACACGCUUGCAGCUACGACGGUCUCUCCUCCCGUCUCGUCGAAGAAGCAGGCUUUCCUAUGGUUUUCCUCGCGGGUUAUGCCGUCGCGAGCUCCUAUGGUCUCCCUGAUACAGGAUACAUCGCCAUGGCCGAGGUGUGCGAUAAGAUCCGCGAUGUCGUCCGCCAGGUUUCGGUGCCCGUUAUGGCGGAUGGUGAUACGGGCUACAGGAGCCCGAUAAACGUCAAGAGAACCGUUGAGAGCUUUGCUAGUGCCGGUGCAGCUGGUGUUAUGAUCGAGGACCAGCAAUGGCCCAAACGCUGUGGUCAUACAAAGGGAAAGAGUGUCGUCUCUCGCGGCGAAGCAUUCGCUCGGAUUCAAGCUGCCUGCGAUGCCCGUAAUGAAGGAAAGGAUAUCUUUGUCCUUGCCCGUACUGACGCCUUGAUCCAUGGUUGGGAAGAGGCGAUGGCGCGUGCACAAGAGUUCAAGCGUAUUGGUGUUGAUGCUAUUUUUGUCGAGGCGCUGCCAGAUGCAGAGGCGAUGAAGCGAUGUGCGGAGGAAAUCGAUAUUCCUGUUUUCGGUAAUAUCAUUGAAGGUGGAAAGACGGAGAACAUGUCGGCUAAGGACCUUGCUGCGCUUGGGUAUAGUGCUGUUGCGUAUCCUUGGACGUUGGUUGCGGCGCAUCUUAGGAGUUUGCGGUCUGCUUUGGAAGGUCUUAAGCAGAGUAUGCUGGUUGGAGCUCCGCCGAUGAUUUUGACUUAUGAUCAGGUUUGCGAGGGUGUUGGAUUCAACAAGUAUUGGGACCGGGAGGAGAAGUACAAGUUUGACGCUUGA